AUGCGUGACCACAUAUUUCAUGUAGUGUGUCUUGUGCUCAUAGUGCUGCAGCAGACAGAGGCUGCCACUCUGGUGUAUCAUCAGCCCACUGCAGUUGUCUAUCAUCAGCCAUCAGUCAUCCAUCAUCGUGGCGAGGCAGAGCAGCAACAUCCUGGCUACACCAUUGUGGCGCCACUGACAAAGAUCGCACAUGUUACCUACGAUUCGGUGCCUAUCUCCCACACACCCUUCGAGCAUGUGCCCCUCUUCCAGCGGAUCGGACAUGUGAAGAGUGUGCGACUCUAAAUGAGUGAGAUGAACUUGAAUCCGAAUUAAGUUUAGCCAUCGAAAUAAAGUGAA